GCCCUUACACCCUUUGUUUACUGCUUACCAACGUGUUCCAGUGUGAUCUUGCAAGAACUGCGAGUCUUCCAUGCGAUAAUCUCCCUCAAAUGCAACAGUAAAGAAACUAAGUUCUCCAUGGAAUCACACCUUCGCUAUGAACCGCAUCAAACCCCACCACAUCUGCACCCUAAGAAUUCAUCUACCCACCAUCUUCUCCCCCAAAUUCACCCACUCCCAAAUCCAUUCUCUAUCCCAAACCCAUCUCUCCCUUCAUCAUACUAAACAAUCCCACGCCUUUGCUCUCCUCCACGCCCAACUCCCCCACAACAUCCCCCUCUGUGCCUCCCUCAUCCUCGGCUACGCCUCCCAUGGGGACCCCGUAUCCUCUCGCCUCCUCUUCCAACAAACUAUGCAUCACCGCACCACUGCAUUCCUCUGGAACACACUCAUCCGGGGUUAUUCCAUUGCUGGGGUCGGUGGUGGGUUGGAGGUUUAUAAUCAAAUGGUUAGAAUUGGUGUCAGGCCGGAUGAUCACACCUUCCCUUUUGUCCUCAAGGCGUGUGCUGAUGCUUUUGAGGUUCGGAAGGGUCGGGAGGUUCAUGGGUCUGUGGUGAAGUUGGGUUUUGAGUCUGAUGUUUUUGUGGGGAAUACCCUUUUGUCGUUUUAUGGGAAUUGUGGGGGUUUGAGAGAUGCGGGGAGGGUGUUUGAUGAAAUGCCUGAAAAGGAUCUCGUGUCGUGGAAUACGAUGAUUGGGGUGUUUUCAGUUAAUGGGUGUUGGGCAGAGGUGCUUGAUUUGUUUGGGGAGAUGAGGUUGAGGUCUGGAUUGAGGCCAAAUGUGGUUAGCGUCGUGAGUGUUUUGCCGGUCUGUGCUGGAGUUGAAGAUGAGGUGACCGCAAGUGAGAUUCAUGGUUAUGUUGUGAAAGUUGGUUUGGAGUUCCAAGUGAUUGUUGGCAAUGCGUUGCUUGAUGUGUAUGGAAAAUGUGGGAAUGUGGCCGCUUUGAAGCAAGUUUUUGGAGAAAUGGUCGAGAAGAACUUGGUUUCUUGGAAUGCAAUUAUUACUAGUUUUGGUUAUAAAGGGCAUUAUAGAGAUGCAUUAGAUAUGUUUAGAUUGAUGAUUGAUGAAGGAUUGAAACCCAACUCUAUCACCAUUUCUAGUUUCUUACCCGUGUUGGUUGAAUUAGAAUUCUUUAAAGCAGGAAGAGAAGUUCAUGGGUCUAGCAUAAGAAUGGGCUUGGAAUCUGAUAUAUUCAUUGCCAACUCACUGAUUGAUAUGUAUGCAAAGUCUGGUCAUUCAACUGAAGCAUCAAAUGUGUUUUAUCAGUUGGAUGCAAAGAAUGUUGUUUCUUGGAAUGCCAUGAUCGCUAAUUUUGCUCAAAACAGGUUUGAGUUAGUGGCUGUAGGACUUGUAAGACAAAUGCCAGACUAUGGUGAACUUCCCAACUCGGUCACCUUUACAAAUGUUCUUCCAGCUUGUGCACGAAUGGGUUUAGUUCGUCCAGGAAAGGAAAUCCAUGCAAGAUCAAUUCACAUGGGAUGUGCAUUUGAUUUAUUUGUCUCCAAUGCUUUGACAGACAUGUAUGCAAAAUCUGGACACCUAAAGCUUGCUCGAAAUGUGUUCGAUACCUCCCUUAGAGAUGAAGUAUCUUACAAUAUACUAAUAGUAGGCUAUUCUCAAACUAGUGAUUGCUCAGAAUCUCUUAGUCUAUUCUCAGAAAUGCAGCUCAUGGGUCUGAAGCAGGACAAUGUUUCUUUUAUGGGAGCUCUCUCGGCUUGUGCAAAUUUAACAGCUAUCAAGCAAGGGAAGGAGAUCCAUGGAUUUUUAUUGAAAAAGCUAUUUCACAUACAUCUCUUUGUUGCUAACUCACUUUUGGAUUUUUAUACCAAAUGUGGAAGGAUCGUCCUUGCUAGGAAUAUCUUUAACAGGAUGACUAACAAGGAUGUAGCCUCAUGGAAUACUAUGAUUCUGGGUUAUGGAAUGCUAGGUGAGCUGGAUACUGCAAUCGAUCUAUUUGAGAACAUGAGGAAAGAUGAUGUCGAAUAUGAUUCAGUUUCUUUUAUUGCUGUUCUGUCAGCUUGUAGCCAUGGUGGGCUACUUGAAAAAGGGAGGAAAUAUUUUGAUGAGUUGAAAGCUCGGGGAAUCGAGCCAACACAAAUGCACUAUGCUUGUAUGGUUGAUCUUCUAGGCCGAGCUGGCCUUAUGGAAGAGGCAGCAGAGCUUAUUAAAGGUUUACCAAUUGUACCAGAUGCCAAUAUUUGGGGUGCUUUGCUAGGAGCAUGCCGAAUCUAUGGAAAUUUAGAGUUGGCCGCUUGGGCAGCUGAGCAUCUAUUUGAACUAAAGCCUGAACACAGUGGAUACUAUACACUUCUUUCAAACAUGUAUGCAGAAACCGGGAGGUGGGAUGAGGCAAAUAGGAUAAGGGAACUCAUGAAAUCAAGGGGCGUGAAGAAGAGUCCCGGGUGCAGUUGGGUUCAGAUCGGUGAACAGGCACAUGCUUUUGUAGUUGGAGAGAAAAUAGAAGGAUUGGAUUUGGGUUUAUGAUGGCAGAAUCUGGUUGAAAUUGGUUAAUCCCAAAGAUGAAAAUAUCGAUAAUCACAAAUAUAUCGAUACGUAGAUUUUACGAAUAUAUAUGAUAUCUCGAGGAUAUAUCGGUGGAUAUUUUAACACAUAAUAUCGAUGGAUCGAAAAUUGAU